AUUAAAAAAUUGAUUAAUUAUGAUAGUAAGUAGUACCGUGUUGCGUAAGAAAGAAGUACUACGUGUAUAUGCUUUCCUAAUAUCUAUAUGUAGUUAUUUUCUGCAGAAAUCUCAGAGCUGGAGUUUCUAAGUUCUGUACGUGGUACUGUAUCCCUUUGGUUGCAAUGAAUCCGGAACUGGAUGUCGUACUGAUUUUACAUUAUAAAAGAGAAGUUUUUUUUGCUUUUUUGAACUAAUAACUGUAACACUUGUAAUUUUCCAGCUAAUUCUGCAAUACGAAUUUCAUCACUCUACCCGUAACCCGUCUCAUACUGACAUAUUAUUAUGGCUUUUUCCUUGGCAAAUAAACAUAUUUGGAUAUGGGCAUGGUUAGCUUCUUUUGUGGUCGAAUCUAGCGCACGACGCUGCUCGUUGUGCAUUCGAGACCCAAAUGAUAUCGAUGGCUCAUGCAACAAUCAUCGAGAGUUUGUAAAUUGUCCGAACACAAGUGAUUACUGCGCACUCACAAUUAAAAUUCCAAAAAUGGGUGAUGGUUCGCCUAUAGUAACACGACAGUGUACCAGUCCAUUUUUAAUACCGCUGCCCUUCAGUGAUGCUUCGCUGUAUUAUUGCCAAAAUAUGCACACAUCUACCGAAACUACGGUGCACUGUCUUUGCGACAGUGAUGACUGUAAUAUCCACAGCCGCCGAAAAAUUAUGUCAGUUCUUAAUCGGCAUACCAGUUUUCUCGAACAACCUAAUUCUACUUGGUAUCCAUUUUCUUCAUCCAGUGUGGUUCGUUCGAACGACAAAGCUGAGCUUACGGUGCACUCCGACGAGCUGACUCGCGAAUUUGUCAGAGCAGGAAGGAUUACUUGCUAUACCUGUUCGGACCGGAACUGCCCACAACCACGGAGAACCGCUGAUGUUAAACGCGGAACCUGCAACAAGUGUGAAUGGCAAGUUGAUUUACCCAACGGAGUAAAUACUCGGCGCUCAUGUAUCGACAGUCAGUAUGACACUGGUGGAACGGGAGCCACCCCCUACAUGUGCCAGCGUAUCCCGGCAUUUAUCCCGGGCGCACAUCCAGAUGACGGUGAUACGCCAACACCGGAGCAACUGUUGUGCCGCUGUCAAGAUGCAAAUCUGUGUAAUUAUCAUGCCACGGGUGUCAUGUACAGCGAGCUCAGGCCAAUAAGUUUGCGGUAUCCUUUUGAACAAUGGUUUCCGUAUACUCCUUCAGACAGAACGACUACGACGACUACGACACAACGGACAACGACAACAACGCGCCCGCCUACUACGCCAACGACCACUACCACGACGACAACCCGAACAACAACAACAACAACCCCUACAACCACGACCACCACACCGCUGAACACGACUGUGACCAAUAUUACUGCGGUUAUGCUGUCUAUGGAUAACACCACGAAGUCGGGAUGCUAAUGCAGUGACGCCCUUAAAAGAAGUUUGUCUAGCUACUGUAUUUUCCAGUUCAGCGCGCUUGCUGACGUGUUGCACUCUACUGACACAUUAAAAUUAAUGUUCCCGAUUAUUUAAGUAAAUGUUCCCGGUUAAUGUUGUUAAAGAUAAAACAAAGCUUCAACAGUGCACUUACUUAUUGUCCCAUGAGUCCGUGACAUAACACCCAAAACUUCGAAACAAAAGCGCGAAUUCAGCAAGCUACAAGCGUGGAGUUUUACUUAUUACAUCUACGAAAUUUGUUUUUGUGGACCGGAAACUUUUCUUGCUUUUUUUCGGAGAGUUCUUCAGCUUUCUGAGUAUAUGUAGUCUCUUGUCUGCCAGUCCCCUUGCAUGCAGCGACCGUUGC